CAACGCCAGAUUUCACCUCAAAUAUCACAGGAAUGAGAACAGUCAUUAGCGGAAAACACGCGCUGUGCUAAAUCCAUCCGGCAACUGAUGGAUCUUACUAGGAUGCUGUCCAAGGAUGGGACUCCGAAGUGGCAUGCACGACUGUACACACAGCGACCAAUCCCCGGAAUGAGUAUUUGGGUUAUUUCCAAUGCUGGGAGUCAUCCUCAUCACUCGGUUGCAUGUCAUGUAUCAACGAUCCAGAAAGAUCUUGAUAUUUCUCAUUGUCACCUUCCUGGCUGUCAACAUUUUCGACGGAGUAGUAGCCAUAAUGACAGCGAUGCAAACUUCAGGGGAGGGACUCAUUACCUCCGGCGCUUAUCAGUGUUCGAUUAGCUAUGGAGAAAAUAUCCCACUUCUGAAUUCUGUCUCUUGGACACUAUUCAUUGUGUGGGAGGUCCUCGCACUAUGUCUCGCAGUCUGGGUUGUAGUAAAACACCUCCGUGAACAGCGACUACCUUCGGUAGGAGAGGACUGUCUCAUAGUGUUGAUGAAAACUCAUAUGCUUUACUUUGCGAGGAUUGGACGUGGUAGCUUUGUUGCUGUUUCCUGCUUCGAGCUCAUCAUCGAUUUCCUCCAACACUCUCAGCGGUAUGACCAAAAUUUUAUGGAAACUGAGGCAUUUUAUGGCUUGCUUCAGAUUUUGCAAGUCGUGCAGAUGGUCGUGCUUGGACCACGCCUGAUCCUCAGUGUUCGAGAAUACUACGCUAGGCUUGUGGCCGAUCCCGACGCAGCAACUGGCAUGACCUCGAUCGUUUUCCAGGAGCGCGUGCAUAUAUCGACUGGCAGUAGCGUAGUGCAGCUCAAUGAUCACAUCAAGGACAAAUGGAACGUCCCGCUGCUAGAAUCUGUGCCGAAGACUGAUAGCAGACUUGUGGAGAUUCACAUCAAGAUCGGGCGGGACUCCCUGCUGCUCGAAGGUCGCCGCAAAGAUGGUUGA